UCUGAAUAUCCUGUGUGACCAGGCUACUGCCUGACAGACAAACACAGGGCUCAAAUUCAUUCCACGUCAAAACAAGUUGUGUUGACUGCUAGCUAAGCUAUCUGGAUGCUAGUUUGCCUCAAGAUCGACAUUUGGCAAAUGCCUGCGCGACUCUCCUGGUUUGAAGCGUCUGUCGGCCAUCUUUCACUCAUGCAGUGUCCACUAUCUGUGUGAGACAUGCAGGAUCGAUAUAACGAGAUAGGCUUUGUCCAGCAAAUACUCGGUUUGAAUUUAGUGCCCAGAAGAAACGGCACACGCGGAGGCAACGAUACAUCUCUGAGCGACUUCUCAGAGAUGUGGUAUGGAGUGUUUCUUUGGGCAGCGGUUUCCUCUCUGGUGUUUCACCUGCCUGCAGCGCUGCUCUCCCUUGUCACGCUGCGCCAGCACAAGAUGGCCCGGUUCAUGCCGAUUGCCAUCCUCCUCAUGGGCAUCGUGGGACGUUUUGGGGGAGUCCUCACUAGUGCAGCCAUCGCAGGUGUCUACAAGGCAGCGGGGAAGACGAUGAUCUCCUUGGAGGCUCUUGUUUUUGGUGUCGGACAGUCGUUUUGUGUCCUCAUCAUCUCAUUCCUCAGGAUACUUGCCACUCUCUAGCAGUGCUGAGUCAUACCAGGCUGGACCUGAUGUUAGCAGGACCUGAGUUGAACAUGGUGCAGGGCCAGAUCCCUGGUGAAUCCUUGGACUCAUGUAAACCAGUCUGGCCUGGCACGUGAUGUCAUGUCCUAGUGACGCACCUCGUGGAUUUCCUUCACCUAUCAAGGAAAGAGCUGUGUGUAACCUGAACGUGUGUUAUGCAGUACUGGACAUUCUGACUUCCUGUUGAGCCGUCUGUCUGAUAUUUACUGAAUGUGCUGCAACCAGUGCUGUGUUUGCAUCACAGGACGACCACACACUACGUACAGUAUAAGCCACCAGCCCCAGCAGUGUGUCCCCAGGUCUUUCCGAAGUUGAGUAAAAACCUUAAGUAAGCACUUAAUAUGUUUUCAGUUAUUCAUGCAGGUUGUGAAGGCAGCUGUUCUUCCUUGUCGCCAGGAUUUACAGCUGCAGGUUAGCAGUAGGUUUACAAUAACCUCUCUCAGGGGCUCUGUGUGUGUCUGUCUGUGUGUGUGUGUGUCUGUGUGCUAUUCUGUUUAUGCUAACUCCAACAGUUUGACUCCAUGUUAGUGCAGAGACAGAAUAGCUGGAUGGCUGAUUUACUGUAGAAACGGGAAGACGAUGGUUAUAUGCAAGGUUCUUGCUUUUUCUCUUGAGGCCUUACUUUCUAUUUUCUGACUUCCAAAGUGGUGUUCAUCUUCAGGGCAGUCUUUCUCCGACAUUUUUCCCUGACUGCCCCUCUUUGUUCUUCCUCGGAUUUUUUCGUUCAAAUUAUUGCAAGUCUGACUUUCCGUGUAUUAUUGUUGUCAUAGUUAUAUACAUGAUUCUCUUUGUUUUUCUUAGAUACAAUAUACAACAGAAGGGAGUACUCAAAACUGUGUCACCUUUCAAAAAUGACAUAAUUUGUAAAUUGAACAGUAAGCGAUUACCUCUAAUGAAUAAUCAUAACAAACACUUUAGAAAGACUACAUUGAAAAUACAGACUCCAAAGUAGAAACUCAAGGCAACAAACUGGUACUCCUAUGAUUUCCAAUCAGGGUAACUGCAUGAAUAUGGUUCUAAAAUGAACUGAGAACACAAGAAUGUUCUUGUGUGUGUGUCGGAAGAAUUCAAACGGAAACUGACACUUGAGUUGAAUCCAAUAGAACGGUGGUGUUUUAAAGAAAGACACAGCAACACAACCCUACCAGCCAGCAGAGAGAAUGACAAACAUCUCUGCAGAAAUUUGGUGUCCUCCAUGCAGAGAAGGAUUGGACCAAAAAUAAAUAUAUUUAAGCUGGAUGUCAGAAAUGACCUAAGUAGACAUGAGUCCUUACUGUGGAGCCUGUAUUCUUACUUACAGAACUAAUUUUAGAGAGCAAAUACCCUAAUGUUCAACCUAGAAAUAAUGCAAUUAUUGAGAGGUGAUAGAAUUUUGAAUCAUUUGACAUGUAAGUGAUAUUUAGCAAGAGUGUACUCACUUCUGUUUCAUAUUGUAAUUUAGUGAAGACCGGAAUACAGCAAAGAGGGUCUUAUAGACCUGUGUGUUUCGUCCUGACCACAGACCUGCAAAUGCAGCCUAGAGGGACUUCAGAGUUUCUUUACCUCAUCUUGGUUUGUUUGUUUGUUUGUUUGUUUGCUCAGAGGUUGAAACAAGGUGGCUCCAGGCUGGUCAGGUUGCUAAGCAAACCCAGAAAACAGAUGAGCUUUUAAUCUCUUCUUUUCUCUCUUUGAAUGAUAGUAUGUUUCAAGUUUGUCAUUUUGUGGCAAAGAACGGAUAUGUAUGUACAUUCUAAAUUAUUUCAAAGUCUUUGUGGCUUUUAAAUCUUUAUGACCAAAUAUGUAUUGCUAAUUUAUUUUUCUGCACUAAAUGUGCAUACUAUGCGUCAACAGAUGUGUAUUUUCUUGCGGUUUCUAUGGGCUCAAUAAACUCCUAAAUUCCCAUAA